GCGGGGCUUCGCCCCAGAGCGGGCAGGGUUCAGUCGCGCGCUGCCAGACCGAGCACGGUGCCGGUGCCGGUCGCAACGCGCCGACCCGUCACGGUUCAUGCAGCUGCAAGCCCCCCGGGUGCGAUGGCCAGACCGCUGCGGGAAGGGAGCCUCGGCGAGCCUCCAGCCCCCCUGCCUGCACAUCCUGCUUGCAGGGGGGGGGGGGGGAGUGUUGGCCCUGCCUGCACAUCCUGCCUGCAGGGGGGAGAGGGGGGGGGGCGUUGGUCCUGCGUGGGGAUCCCCCCCCUCUCACGCCCCCCCCCCCGUCGUCAUCCCCGUUUGAGCUGCGCUUGUCCCGGGGCUCCCCCCCCCAACUUCGUUCUCUAUCGCUGCGGGACACGGGGAACCCCCGGCGCUGCCCACGGUGAGUUUCACCCCACGGAGGAUGGGGACCACGAGGGACCCCCCCAAAGUGGGGGGAGCCGGGGGGGGGCUGUCCCCAACGGUCACCUCCCCAGGGGAGCCCCCGGUCCGGAGCAGGAGCUGGGUGCCCGCCUGCGCCAUUUGGGUGACGCUUUCCAGCAGACCUAUGAGCAGCAGGGGCAGGAGGGAGACAGGAGGAGAACAGGACUGCCCUCUUCACGCAAUGACUUUGGCGUCCAGGCACAAAACCCUUGGGAUUGUGUCUCCGCAAAGCUUAACCCGACGGGAGGACAUCUCAGCGAGCCACUCAAUUAAAAGAUUUUUAAGGUAACGCUAAUAGCCCUCAGCGUUGGAGCUUAGGAUGGGAUGGGGUUUACUGAGUGUAAAGUCUGGAGUCUUUGGAAAAACCAGCUCUGAACCUCAGAGGUAUUAAACAAGGGAGUUUGAAACUCUUGCCAACGUGAAGCCCGCCCGCUCCCGUACAGAUACAGGGAAAAGGCUUGGCGGAGCCCCAGCCCUCUCUUGGCAUGCAGGCUCUGGCAUCUCAGAAACAGAUCUGGAGGAAUUUGCCAUAUCCAAACCCAUCACGCCCGGAAUCGCGCCCCCCCACCCCCACCCCCGCCUCCAAAUUGCAGGAGGGUGACAGCUGGUUUGAUCGGCAUCCAGGGAAUAUUCCCAGACCUCCCAGGGGAAGCUGCACCCUCUAAGCGAUGGGGUUGG